AUCUGUACAGUGGCAUCAGGAGAACAUAUUCUUUCUCUCCUUUCGUGCACCCCUCUCUAACUUUUUCCUUCUCUCAUCGCAAAGCAAAGCGCAGAGAGUCUCUGCAUCUUCUUCUAUUCCAAUCUUAUUGUUUAUGAGCUCAAAGGAGAAACCCACUCUAGGUGGUACGCGGAUUAAGACCCGCAAACGGAAUAUUGCCGCGCCACUGGACCCUGCAGCAUUUGCGGAUGCAGUGGUCCAGAUUUAUUUGGAUAAUGCUGGUGAUCUGGAACUUGUUGCCAAGAGUGUUGAGUCUUGUGACCUUAACUUCUCAAGAUACGGUGACACCUUUUUUGAGGUUGUCUUCACGGGGGGCCGUACACAACCUGGAACAGUUAAACCUGAUGAAGGGGAGCGCCACCCUUACGCUGUAAUUGAGUGUGAACCUAGACGUGAUGUUAUUUUGCCUUCUGUAAUCUACGUGCAAAAGAUAUUAAGGAGAAAGCCGUUUCUUAUAAAGAAUCUUGAAAAUGUUAUGCGAAGAGUGUUGCAGUGCUUGGAGCUCUUUGAGGAAAAUGAGAGGAAGAAGCUGGCAAUUUUUACAGCUCUUGCCUUUUCCCAGAAGCUUUCUGGCCUCCCGCCGGAGACGGUUUUCCAACCAUUGCUCAAAGAUAAUCUCGUUGGAAAAGGGCUAGUUCUCUCAUUUAUCACAGACUUCUUUAAAGAAUAUUUGGUGGACAAUAGUCUUGAUGAUUUGAUCUCAGUACUUAAGCGGGGUAAAAUGGAAGAUAAUCUCCUGGAGUUCUUCCCUUCAGCAAAACGUACACCUGAAGCUUUCUCUGAGCAUUUCACCAAGGCUGAGCUUUUGCCUUUGGUUGACUACCAUGAAAAGAAGAUAUUUGAGGUGAAGCUCAAAGAAAUGAAAUCUGCCGUGACAACUCAGAUAGCAGAAGAAGCUGAUAUUUCUGAAGUAAUAGAAACUGUCAAGCAACAAGUCAAAGACGCUAAACUGCCAGAUAUAGAAGUUGUGCGAAUUCUGUGGGAUGUCUUGAUGGAUGCCGUCCAGUGGUCUGGGAAGAAUCAACAGCAAAACGCUAAUUCGGCCCUUCGCCAGGUGAAAACAUGGGCACAGCUGUUGAAUACCUUCUGCACUUCAGGAAAGCUUGAAUUGGAACUUAUAUACAAAGUCCAAGUUCAGUGCUAUGAGGAUGCUAAAUUGAUGAAGUUGUUUCCCGAAAUUAUAAGGUCUCUCUAUGACCAAGAUGUGCUGGCUGAAGACACAAUUCUUCACUGGUUUCGUAAGGGAACUAAUCCCAAGGGCAGGCAAGCUCUUGUCAAGUCGUUGGAGCCCUUUGUGAAAUGGUUGGAGGAGGCAGAGGAAGAGGAAUGAUUUUCUUCUGAUGCUACGUGUUAAUUGAGCUAAUGAUUUCCAGUUUUCCUUUUUUUUCCCUGGAGAAUUAUAUUCCUCCUGAAGAUUUAAAAUAAUGGAUUCCAAACUUUUACACGAACUGACAUUUGUUGUACUUUCAUAUUGUUAAAUGAGUUAUUAUAGCUUUGCUUAUUUGGAUCUUAA